ACAGCUUAUCCAAAUCAAAAACAUUAAGCAAACAUGUGCCACAUCUGAUAAUGAAAAAGCAGAGAGACAGAUGCAGAGAAAGAGAGAGAGAGAAAGGGAUGAGGGAGAGUCUCUCUUCAGCUGAUUGGAGGGUAUAUAAGACAGUAUAUCGUCUCUUUGGUCAGUGUUACAGCAACUGAAACAUUUCUCAUCCAGCAUGCAGGAUCACAAUCACAGAGGGGCUCUUCUCGCCUGCUGCCUGGUGUGUUUGGUGCUUGUCCAGCAGGUGACCUGCAGUCCUGUGCCAAAGUCGGACACACCUUCAACUUCUGUGCAGGAAGUUCAGAGGUCACUGAAGAGAACAGCUCGAACGACCCCGUUAUGGAGGAUCAUGGGUACUAAACCUCACGGUGCCUACUGCCAGAACAACUAUGAGUGCUCGACAGCAAUAUGCAGGAAAGGCCACUGUUCCUACACCCAACCGAUUAAUUCCUAAAAUGAAGACUCCUUCCUUCUCUGAUCUGACGUUUCGACACCAUCAUGCAUGACGAGAGCUUGAUUCAGUGAGCAGCAGGAGGCAACCGAAUGUGCAAUGCAGUUAAUCAUCACUUAGACAUAAUUAUAAGCCACAAAUGAGGCAAUAGGUAAUGUUCAGCAAGAUU